GGGGCUGGGCGGGGCUGGGCGGCGCCUCCUCUUCCUCCCGCGCGCCCCUCGGAGCCUGAGUCCCAGCCCAAACCCGAGCCGUGCGGAGCAGCAAGGUGGGCCGGCAGCCCGCGGCCCCCUCAUCCGACCCGGACCAAACGCCGGCCCCAUCCCCGCCCUCGGCCGCCGUCCCUAUUUGUUGAGCAAGAUGUCGGUGAAGGAGGGCGCGCAGCGCAAGUGGGCGGCGCUGAAGGAGAAGCUGGGGCCGCAGGACUCGGACCCCACGGAGGCCAACCUGGAGAGCGCCGAGCCCGAGCUCUGCAUCCGGCUGCUGCAGGUGCCCUCCGUGGUCAACUACUCGGGGCUGCGCAAGCGGCUGGAGGGCAGCGACGGCGGCUGGAUGGUGCAGUUCCUGGAGCAGAGCGGCCUGGACCUGCUCCUGGAGGCCCUGGCGCGCCUGUCGGGCCGCGGCGUGGCUCGCAUCGCCGACGCGCUGCUGCAGCUCACGUGCGUCAGCUGCGUGCGCGCCGUAAUGAACUCCCAGGAGGGUAUCCGGUACAUUCUCAGCAACCAGGCCUACGUGCGCCAGCUCUCCCUGGCUCUGGACACGUCCAACGUGAUGGUCAAGAAGCAGGUGUUUGAGCUGCUGGCCGCCCUGUGCAUCUACUCGCCCGAGGGCCACGCCCUGACCCUGGACGCCUUGGACCAUUACAAGACAGUGUGUGGCCAGCAGUACCGCUUCAGCGUCAUCAUGAGCGAGCUCUCGGACAGCGACAACGUGCCCUACGUGGCCACCCUGCUCAGCGUGGUCAACGCCAUCAUCCUCGGCCCCGAGGACGUCCGCGCCCGCGCCCAGCUGCGCAGCGAGUUCAUCG